GAUAUCGCAAUUGUAUUGUACCGAGAUCGUUGCUAAAGAUCGGGGUGAUAUUGUGAUUUAAGCGUGAGAAUUUACGUCCGGCCCGAUAAUUUUUAUCGAAAUGACGUGUAGAACUCUAGUACGAUAAUUUGUAGACUGAUUUCCGAAUCCGUUGUAGCAUUCAUUCUUGUAGUAUCAAUUUGUCAUCAUGUCUUAUCCUGGUCAACCACCUAUGGGUAUUCCAGGGAUGCCCCCAAUGCCAUAUAUGGUUGGCGCACCUCCACCAAUUAUAGGAGGAGUCAUGCCUAUGGCACAUAUGAUUCCAACACCCGUAUCUGCGAUGCAGACAUCCGCGCCGGCUGUACGUUACUCGCGCAAUCAGAAUCGUCACGACAAUAAUCGAAGACGGGAGAGAGAGUCUGGCCCGCCUGUUACGGUAUUCAUCGGUAACAUAAUGGACAGAGCCCCUGACGUGAUGAUACGACAUAUUCUCGGUGCAUGUGGACAUGUGCUUUCUUGGAAAAGAGUACAGGCAUUUGGCUUCUGCGAAUACGCGGGUCCCGAUGCAGGUCUUAGAGCGGUCAGAUUGCUCCACGACAUGGAAAUAGGCACGAAAAAGCUUGUCGUCAAAGUAGAUGCUAAAGCCAAGGUAGUCCUGGAUCAAUUUAAAGCUGAAAGAAGGAAGAAGCUCAGAGGUGGUCAGUCACCUUUACAAGACGAGACAUCCGGUGAAGGAGCAGAUGGCGAAGAAGGUGAAGAUUAUAUGGACGAAGGUAUGAGAGUGGUUGAUGCGGAUGCGCUCGCUCGUAUCAACCAGAUCAUUGCCGAACAUGCUGCAGAUUUAGAAAUGGCCCAGGUUGCUCCAGAGGAACAUCAAACAAAAAUGGUAGCUAAAUCAUUAAAUCUGGAUGACGCUGAAAUAGAAGAGAGCAAAAGAGAUUUGAUCACUCGAGAAAUUGGCAAAUUCCGUGAAGUCAUGAAGAAACAAGAGGAAGAAAAGGCCCAAGUAAAGCGAAAGAAGGAAGCCGUCGAAAAGGAGGAACGUGAAAAGCGGGAGAAAGAGCGGCGCGAUAAACGCGACGAUGAUGUUUCUAAGGAAGAUCAGGAUGGAGAACUUGGUAGUCCUACGUCUCAUAAAGGUCGUAGUGAUAGUACAGGCAGCAGUAGAAGGGACAAACGUCGUUCUAGAUCUAGAUCUAAAGAACGAGACAGAGAUCGAUCGAGAAAUGAUCGAGAUCGGGAUCGAGAUAGAGACCGUGAAAGAGAUCGAGAGCGGGAACGAGAGCGUGAUCGGGAUCGCGAGAGAGAACGUGAGCGAGAACGUGAGCGAGACAGAGAAAAGGAGAGAGACCGGGAGCGCGAGAGAGAACGGGAACGAGAAGAAGUGAGGAAAACGGAGAGAGAGAUUAUGCGCGAAAGGGAAGAGGAAGAAGAGGCGAAGGAGAGGAAAAAGAACGAGAGACGAGCCAGAGAGAAAGAGGCGGCAUACCAGGAACGUUUAAGGGCAUGGGAGACACGUGAACGACGUAAGCAGAAAGAAUAUGAGAAGGAAGCCGAGAAGCGUCGCGCGAAAUGUGAGGCUAGAGAAAGAGAAGCGAAACGCUUGAAAGAAUUUCUCGAAGAUUACGAUGACGAUCGCGAUGAUGCUAAGUAUUAUAAGGGCAAGGAACUGUCUCGCCGGCUCGAAGAACGAGCGUUGGAGGCUGAGGCGGAUUCGCGGGACCGUUGCGCAGAACGUCAAGAACUUCAACGUUUACGCGAGAAAUUAUAUGCAGAUGCCUCUAAUCCGGAUCCUGCUGCAGAAUUUGAAAGGUUGAAAGCCGAAAGGGAGGAACAGUAUAAGCCUAAACCAGUGAUUACUAUAAUUGACGAAGAGGAUGACAAGGCGACGAAAAAGGAUAAAGAAAUAAUGCCACCGAUAGAAACCGAGCCAAUAGAGAGCGAUAGUGAUGAUGGUGUGCAAUUUGAUGAAGUUUCUCAACCGGAAACACCAUCCAGAACACCACCGCGACAUCAUCAUCAUCAUCGGCGGCAUCAUAGACAUCAUCAGAAUCAUCAUCGUGAUGGUGAGGAGAAUCAAGAAGGAUUUGCGGAAGCGGAUCGAGAAAGCCUAAAGGAUGCACGACCGUCGCCCGCGCAUCAAUCGGCCGCAACACCCGCUCAAUCCAUUCCACCGUCAUUGGAUGAAGAUUCGCGUAUGUCUCUUGUCAGUGAACCGGAAAAAACAAGUGGCAGCAACUUUGUUCCAUUUGCUAUGGGAAGUGGAGGCAAUCGUGCUAGCGAUCACAUAGGUGGUAAAACGCCAGUCAGUCCUAAUACUACUGUUAAUACGAAUUCACAACAACCGAAUCAAACGCGGAAAAAAGGCCGUAUCGAUGUUAAAGACGUUUUCAAUAACGAUGAUGAUGAUGAUGCUGCCAAUAAUGCGAAGAAACGUAAACUUGUACCUUUAGAUUAUGGUGACGAAAAGAAAAAGAAAACUGAAGAAGCUACGAAGGCAGGGAAGGAAGAAAGUACAAAAAGCCAAGAAGAAAAGCGAAAACAUAUAAAAUCUUUAAUAGACAAAAUACCCACUGAUAAGAACGCAUUAUUUGGCUACCAACUUGAUUGGGCACUCAUCGAUAACACAUUGAUGGAGAAGAGGAUAAGACCUUGGAUCAAUAAAAAAAUUAUCGAAUACAUUGGCGAAUCGGAACCUACUUUAGUGGAUUUUAUCUGUAGCAAAGUAAUGGCAGGUAGUCCUCCCCAAGGAAUACUUGACGAUGUACAGAUGGUAUUAGACGAAGAAGCAGAAGUAUUUGUAGUCAAAAUGUGGAGGUUAUUAAUUUAUGAGGUGGAAGCCAAGAAGAUGGGCUUAGUGAAAUAAAGGAGGAAAUAAUGGAGUAUCGUCCGAAAAUUCAUCAAUUCAAAAGGUUUAUAUUACACAUAAAUUUUUUUCUUUUGAAUACGAAUGUUUAUAGGAGCUAAAUACCUCUACAUAUUGCUGCAAUUUACUAUCGUACUAUUGUAGGAGCCCUUUCCUAGACAAAACACAAGUGUCGCUCGAUCAAAUAAGUGGUACUAAGUGUGUAGUAACUAUAACAUUAAAUAAAACUUGUAAAAUUACGGUUUAUAUAUAUUUAGUGUUCUUCAAUUUAUAUGUGACUGUCGACAGACGGGUAAAUGAUGUGAUUCCUAUAUGAUAAAAAAUUAAAUAAAAAUAUUGAUAUCUU